AUGCGUGCUAGAAACUGGCUGCUUACUCAUGCAAAACAGCUACAAUCUGGUUCACAGCCACCAAGAUCAUUAUCACAAGCACCAUUGAUGCCUCAAGUGCCAACAACAACAACAGAACAACCACCGGUGUCAUUAUCACAAGCAUCAUUGAUGCCUCAAGUGCCAACAACAACAACACAACGACCACCGGUGUCAUUAUCACAAGCAUCAUUGAUGCCUCAAGUGCCAACAACAACAGAACGACCACCGGUGUCAUUAUCACAAGCAUCAUUGAUGCCUCAAGUGCCAACAACGACAACACAACAACCACCGGUGUCAUUAUCACAAGCAUCAUUGAUGCCUCAAGUGCCAACAACAACAGAACGACCACCGGUGUCAUUAUCACAAGCAUCAUUGAUGCCUCAAGUGCCAACAACACCACAACAACCACCGGUGUCAUUAUCACAAGCAUCAUUGAUGCCUCAAGUGCCAACAACAUCACAACCACUGAUUCCUGGUUAUGAUUACAAGCAGCAAUUGUUGAAAUUUCUGCAACAACCACCACCACCACCACCAUCUUCUUCACCUAUUGUAUUACCUGCACUGACACCAAGUGCUCAUCAAGUAAAUGAAGAACAUCACCAAGAAUUUUUUCACCGACCAUUGCUUUCACAAGUACCAGCUGAAUAUCAUGGUCAUAAUCCAUAUUGGAUGAAAUCGAAUAAAUGGCAACAUCAACAACAGCCUGUACCAGUAAAUUCUCAACAAGACUUUCCAAAGGAGCAACAAAAAGAUUCAGUUGAUUUAACAAACUAUAAAGCAUUUAUUGAUACCAAAUUGUUAACUGGAGAAGCAGUAAGCAAAACAUCAGCUAGGAAGUACUGGACAUUUGAUUGGUGGAAGGCUAAUCAGCAUCAUUUAUAUCCAAAAAAAUAUUAG